AUGCCUUCAAGGAUUCGAGAUGACAGCCCGGAGAGGCGGCGGGAAAAGAAGGAAUAUUCAAAACUCGAAAAAGAUCGAGAUCGGAGAGACAAAGAUCGAGACAGAGACAAGGACAGGCACAGAUCCCAUCGAAAAAUCGCAACCAAGGAAAAGACCUCUUCAAGAACAUCGCUCUCUCCUGUUGACGAUAAACGGCGGCCCUCCAUGCCUGGCAUAGUGGAAGAGACACCCCUCAAGUCCGAAUCAAAAUCUAGCCUGCCCUACCCAUCCUUUUCGAAGGAGCACAGUCGUGAGGCUGUAGGGAGUGCUGCCCGACCAGUCCUGAACAUACUCACCCCUCCUUCCACAGACCUGAAUGCUUCCAAAGACAAACUGUCAACGACGAAACAGAGUCCUGACGCACCUCCUAGCCCACCUUUGACGGAUAAAAAUGCUGGCUCGGGAAGAUGGAAAUCGAGUGCUGGCAAACCAGUCUCGGUCCAGACGAUUCCGGAGGAGGAGAGAUCUUCGAAUGGAGGGAAAGACGCAAAGAUCAAGAUCCGCCUCCGACCGCAGUCGUCGAGAUCGAAUGGUCAUCUGCGAAGUACAUCAGAGUUGGGCACUGAUAGUUCGCCCACGAGGAAGCAUCGGGAUGCGAUUGAGAAAACUCACAAACCGUCCACACCACUCCGUAACAACGUUCCCCAAAGGUCAGUCAGCCAGCCGACGAGAACGGAGUCUCCGUCUACACCAACCACGACAGCGACCGAGUCCGUAGCGAACACCAGCUCCGAUGCCACAUCCAUCGCACCGGAACAACCUACAAUUCAACGGCCUGGAUCAAAGGUGCCCCCGGCCACUGUAUAUGCACAUGCACAAACACCAGGCUCGAUACACCCACAGUCACGAGGAGUUACACCCUUGGAAGUUUUUAUGGAGAGAGAGCCGUCGUUACUGUCAGAGACACCAGGAGGAGUGUCUGCCACGCCUGGUCCCCCCCCUCCGCCGCCUCCACCAGCACCUGUUGCUAUUCCAAAAGUUGACUACCUACUCCAACAUGGCGGAUUGCAUCAUGCAGUGCCUAAAAACCUCUUGCUGGCAGGGAAACCAAUGGCGAUCCAGCAAGCACAAUCUCCGGGACAAGCUCCUAUCGUCAUUGCAAAUCUGUUCGAGCCAUACACAGCGCUGCUUGAUGAUUUUGACAAAGUCAUGUCCAUGAACGGAUCUCUUGCUGUCGCGACUGGAUAUCGAUCAGUUGCACGACGCUUACUCGACAGAUUGGAAGCCGUCUUUUCACGUGACAUCUCAUCGGAGGCUUGUCAAUGUCCUAUGUGCGAGUACGAUCAUUCCGAGGAUGUCAGAGGCGUCAGUUGGGGUGAAGUACUCGAGCUGGUGUCAGGACGGAGGGAUUUGCCUGCUUGGCCUCCGUUCGCAUUUACGCAAUCGCCUAUCGGUCUGGGCAUCUCUCUCGAAUUUCACGUACCUAUGCAAAAGCUGGAUAUUGAUGUUCCUGAAGAAUACCGCGAGCACUAUAUCCGGCAAUCACGCAAGACCAAGCAGAGUGUGGACAAAUGGCUGACUCGACAGACCGACAACCCAAGCUCCCCACCCGAAGAAGUCGAUGAAGAGACUCUCACUUUUGCUAUUCUCACACAUCUGCCUGCUGAACAACGACCGGUUUUUAAAGACCUUCUGGGCAUUGUUGAUCGACCCAUCGAAGCACCCAGGAGAAUACCAACUCCAGAACUUCAAACGUCAAAUGGCUCAAUGAAGCCUCCGCCGCCCACGCCUACUCCCGCGCCAGUGCCAAAGAUCAGACCUGCACAUAUCGCCAUUGCGUCCCAAGCAAUCCAGCGUCUGUACCGUUUACACGCCGUACCACGAGACUCGGAGACGGCCUUGUUCAUGUUGAAUAAUCCAACUCUACACAAUGCCUUGGCUACGCUCGCCGCAAUCUCUAAUGAUGAGUGGGAGAUUCUCGUAUCUGGACGGUUUGACGGGUUUCUUCGCAGUGGUGCUGAAGAUGCCCCACCUCCAUUGCACGACUCAGGUCCUUCUUCCCGUGGUCCCACGCCGCAUCUGCCCCCGACAAGAGGCGCCACCCCUGGUUACACAGGUACGGCGAAUGGCUCUGGCGGGACGAACGGCUACCGUUCCCGGCAAGGAAGUUACACGCAGCCAUAUCCGGCGGGCACAGCGCAAUACGGGGCACCUAUCGCAUUCGAUGAAGAGACUGAACUCGCGACGCUGGCGGAAAUCGAGCGUGACAUCUAUGCAGGCAUGGAGGCGCUCGAGGACGCGUUUGAAGCCUUGCACAAUAAAGCAGAAUGUGUUCGACGCGCACUGCGCGAACGCUCGGCCGGGCUUGCUGCAGCACAGCAAAGGCGACGCGGCGCCUUGGGAGGUUCUGGAAUUGAAGUCCGUAUGGACACACCAGCGAAUCUGAGCGACAGCGGUGGCGGUACAGGUAGAUGGGACGCCGAGACCGACGACGGGUUGGGUGAAUGGGAGGGGAUGAGUGAGAUUGCACCGGAUGAUAGCGCAAGUAACAUCUCCAGUGCGAGGCGGCGGAGACCUAAACGGAGAAAUGAGAGACGGACGCCGGCUUUGAUCGAGGAAGAAGACGAGGAUUUUGACGGUGCUGGUAGUGAUGCUACCGGUAGUCCUAGGAAGAGGUGA